UCGCCACACCCUUCUAUCCACCACCAUACUUGGACCCAAAUGUUUUCCUACUGCAGCAGCUGUCACUAAACCCGAAUCUUCCCUACUGCGGCCUCGCGAGACACGCGCCACCAACGGCCCGCGGCUCGCCCCACAUGCCCUUGAACGUUUUCCCGGAGCAGCCUCCCUCCUUCCAGAUGGGCACGUCGGACAUUUGGCCCGUCUUCAACCGUUUCGCCCACCCUCGCAGCCACUUUAUGAUCUCUUCCCGCGUGCUCGUGGGGCGCUACACGCAAGGGUACACCGAUCUGAGGCGUCCACCGCCCUACGACCACAGCGACCCACUCGUGAAACUGUACGACACGUGCGUGGACAACAUCUGCAAUCCCAAGAUGUUCGUCGUCUUCGACCACAAUCAGACGUAUCCGGAGCACGUCGUGGAGUACAUCUGGACGAGGGACGCACAGCCGGCGCAGUUUUAUUAUAACUGA